UUAGCGUCUCUAAGCCAGCGCCACUUCCACUCUCUCUUCCUACCCUCUUCCCCCAGGGCGAGCUAGGAGAGAUCCUGGGAGGGGGUGAAGUUCCAUCCCACCCAGCCUAUCCGUAGAUGCCCUUGAGAGAAACAAGCAUGGGGGCUGGGCAGGCUACACAGACAGCCGUGUAUGCGGGUGGAAGGUGACCCCUAGCUGGGACAGCUGGGUGUAGUAUCGAGGGCUUCACUGGGGGGAUCCAGAUUGGCCCUCGGAGUGGGAUCUUAGACGAGUCGUUCUUCCUUUUAAGCCUCAGUUUCCUAUCUGUAGAUAGGAUCCUUACUACCCUGUCAGUCUCCACCGACUACUGUGGAGAAAGGAUGUGUGACAUUAUGAAAUAGAAGAGCUGAGAAACACUGAAAAAGCCCUGUGCAUUGAGCCAAUCGGAAUAAUUCUGCCGAGGGGGCAGGGUAUACCAGCACCCCCACCACCUCUCAGGCUGUCCCCAUUUUGGGAGUUGGGACAUUCCAGUCUCAUUCCUCUGGGGCAGCUGCAGACACACCCCUCAGAAGGGCUGAUCCCCCCCAGCAGGUGGUGUGACCCUCCCCUGGGGCACGCUGAUGGGACUAAUGGCAGUGCAGACAGACAGUGCUCCUACCACACGGAGGCCGAGGUGCCCCAACUCAAAGGAAAUGCAAGGAAAGCUGCGUCUUUGAAGCCAGGACACUUCCUCCCGUGCGGCUGAACAUGACCUUGGUCACGCAUGUCGUUUUACCUCCUGGUCUCCUUGUUUCCUCUAGCAAAGCAAAAAAGUCAGCUGCCUGUGCCCUGUUGAACCUUCAUGGCCACAGCCUCCGGCCCUGCUGGCAUUGCCAUGGGCAGCGUGGGCAGCCUAUUGGAACGGCAGGACUUUUCCCCCGAAGAACUUCGAGCUGCACUGGCUGGGUCCCGGGGCCCCCGGCAGGCCGAUGGGCUCCUCCGGAAAGGCCUGGGCCAGCGUGAGCUCUUCAGCUACCUGCAUCUCCCCAAGAAGGACGGCAAGAGCAGUAAGCGAGCGCCUCGGAAUGAGCCGGACUAUGCCACCCUCUACUACCGCGAGCAUCCUCGGGCUGGUGACUUCAGCAAGACUUCCCUGCCUGAGCGGGGUCGCUUUGACAAGUGCCGAAUUCGUCCGUCGGUGUUCAAGCCUCCUGUGGGCACUGGGAAAGGCUUCCUGUCCAUGCAGAGCCUGGCAGCCCACAAGGGCCAGAAGCUGUGGCGAAGCAAUGGCAGUCUGCACACGCUGGCCUGCCACCCACCCCUGAGCCCUGGGCCUCGGGCCAGUCAGGCCCGUGCACAGUUGCUUCACGCCCUCAGCCUGGAUGAAGGUGGCCCUGAGCCCAGUCUUUCGGACUCUUCCAGCGGGGGUAGUUUUGGCCGGAGUCCAGGCACCGGCCCCAGCCCCUUCAGCUCCUCUUUGGGCCACAUUAAUCACCUUGGGGGUUCACUGGACCGCGCUUCAAGGAGCCCCAAGGAGUCUGGACCUCUGGCUGUACUGAGCUGCCUGCCUGAGCCACCUCCCCCCUACGAGUUCUCCUGCCCCGCUGGUGAGGAGGUAGCCAUGUUGCCUGAGACCUGCGAGGAACUCAAGAGGGACCUCAGUGACCAGGAUGUCUCUAACCCCUUCACCCAGGUGCUAGAGGAGCGCCAGCGGUUGUGGUUGUCCGAGCUGAAGCGCCUGUAUGUGGAGCGGCUGCAUGAGGUGGCCCAGAAAGCCGAACGCAGCGAGCGCAACCUGCAGCUGCAGCUGUUUAUGGCCCAACAGGAGCAGCGGCGCCUGCGCAAGGAGCUGCGGGCUCAGCAGGGCCUGGCCCCGGAGCCUCGGACCUCUGGUCCCCAAGUGGAGGCUGACCCCAAUGCCCGGGCAGAGGAGGAAGCCCGAUGGGAGGUGUGCCAGAAGACGGCGGAGAUUAGUCUGUUGAAACAGCAGCUUCGGGAAGUCCAGGCGGAGCUGGCCCAGAAGCUGGCUGAGAUCUUCAAUCUGAAGACGCAGCUUCGGGGCAGCCGGGCGCAAGCCCAGGCUCAGGACGCUGAGCUGGCUCGGCUGCGGGAGACGGUGCGCAGCCUGCAGGAGCGGGCGCCUCCUCGGGAGGAAGCUCCAGGCAGCUGUGAGACGGAUGACUGCAAGAGCAGGGGACUGCGGGGGGAGGCGGGAGGCAGCGAAGCCCGAGAAGGGGCCGAGCAGCUGCGGGCUGAGCUGCUGCAAGAGCGGCUUCGUGGCCAGGAGCAGGCGCUGCGCUUCGAGCAGGAGCGGCAGACUUGGCAGGAGGAGAAGGAGAGGGUGCUGCGCUACCAGCGAGAAAUCCAAGGGGGCUACAUGGACAUGUACCGCCGGAACCAGGCGCUCGAGCAGGAGCUGCGGGCGCUGCGGGAGCCCCCGACAUCCUGGAGUCCCCGACUGGAGUCCUCCAAAAUCUGACGCUAGCCCAGUGUGCUGACAGCAGGCAUGCUGUCAGAAAACACCAUGAGAGGGCAGGCUCCUCCCUUGCACUGGUCUGCGGCAGAAUCUGUAGAGGGCCAGUUCAGGGAUGGGAGGCCCACCCAGAGGAGGGCUCCGGCAGGCAACGGGCUGGAUUAGGUGCCUGCUCCAGAAGCUGUGGCACAGCCUUGCUGGCAGAGAAACAGACCCAGGCAGGGCCCAGCCCUGCUCCCUUCAGUGGGUGUGACCCAGUAAAGUAGGUUGGAGCCAUCGAAACCUCGGCCCCAGGAUGCAGAAGGGCAGGAGCGAGGGCGGGUAGCUGGAGACCUGGCAUGAGGUCUACCUCCACGGAAGGAGCCAGGGGUGGGAAGACUGGCCUCCUCCAGAAUAAAAGCACAUUUUCUAUAAGGAG